AUGCGACUAAGAAACAGACCCCAUGGCCUUAGCCUCGCUAAGAGGCAACCUCAACUCGCCGAUGCUUCUGGAUCAACUUGGUCUUCCGGCGCUGCAACUGGCUACAGCACUGGCCAGUGGUCCGCUGACAGCUCCCUCGCCGGCUCUGGGCAAUGGGCAGGCAGUGGCACAGCAGCAGGAGAUACAUGGGGAGCGGGGACGGCAGCGGGGGCAACAGCAGGUACAGCAGCAGCCGGAACAGCAGCCGGAACAGCAGCCGGAACAGCAGCCGGAACAGCAGCCGGAACAGCAGCCGGAACAACCGCCGGAACAACCGCCGGAACAGCCGCCGGAACAGCCGCCUGGACCGCAGCUGGGACCGCAGCCGGAACAGGCGCGAUAGGAGCGACAGGGCCCGUCGCUGCAGCAGACGGCACCACUGCCGCUGGGACGACUGCUGCUGACAGCACUUGGGCAGGCAGUGCGCAGGGAAGCACCGGGCAAUGGGCAGGCACGGCGGCCACCGACACAACCACACAGGCCACUGCCGACACCGCUGGUACAGGCGCCGGCACAGCGGCAGCAGCAAAAGCACCUGCCGCUGCUCAGGAUAGCACUGCAGCAGGAACAGCCAAUACCUGGGCAGCUGCCCCUGUCGGGGCCGCGGCCACAGGCAAAACAGCCGCAGGAACUGCAAUAACCGAUCCGACUACUGAAUGGAGUGCGGGAGCUGCCAAAGCGAACCCCCCAACAGCUGCCGCCGCUACUUCGAUCUUGGGAGCCACAACAUUCGCAACAGCAGCUAUUCCCACUGCCACCAACCCUUCUAAAGCACUGCCCUCAUCUACCAGCAGCCAAGCCACUGCUACCAGCACCGUGCUUCCACUCGAUUCAGCAAAGCAUGUGGGGACGUCCGGCGGCACCAAAGCGGCCAUCGGUCUCAGCGUGGUCAUCGUCGUCGCCGCCAUGGCAGGCCUCAUUCUGUGGUCGCUGCGUCGGAAGAAGCGCCGCCUCCGCGCUAUCAUCGCCGAAAGCAGGGGGGAGAAGGUGCCCGAUACCCCACGGGCGAGUGACGAGUUCAAGCGAUAUGCAUCCAAGGUCUGCACAGAAGGGGCAAGCGCUAUGCGCGAGGCCGGAGGAAAGAUCAAACAAACCUAUGAAACUAAAGUUCCUGUUCUGUGUCGCCACUUCGAAAAUGCAAAGUACGAGCCAAUCAAGGAGUUCAGUCGAAAGGUGUACUCGACGGGUGUGACCACGCUGCAGAAAGUCGGCGGCGUCGUUCAUUCCAGCUGGGCGGCCAAGGCGCACGUUCCGCGCCCCUAUAGCACAUACAGCACGUACAGUACCAACGGCUUGCAGAACGGCUUGCGCGACCUCCAUAGGCCGUGUCAUCAAAACGAACUCGCUCCUGUUGCGGAGGUUGCUGAAGGCCCUAAUGAAUCAUCGGAAACUUUGGUCGGUGACGUCGGCCGAUUGAAGGAUGCUGCAGUAUCGAACACCCCGAAGCUCGAGACUGGAAAGAUUCCGGAGGCGAAAGUAGCCACGGUGGAAACCGUCACACCCAUCUCUCCUGAAUCCACCUCCGCAGGCAGCAGCCCUUCAGUGUCAAGAAGCCCGACUGUCGACAGGGUAUCGAGGAGCCCGACCGUUGAGAGUCGCACGUACCCCGGCACACCCGACAUCUCCUUUGCCCGAGUAUAUCGCGUCGAGAUGGACUUCAAACCUGUCAGCCCCGAGCAUGUCGAGCUGAAAGAGGGUCAAAAUGCCGUCUUGCAUCUCGUUUACGACGAUGGUUGGGCCCUUGUCAAUGUCCUUGAGACUGCUCAGGAGGGUCUCGUUCCCCGAGCAUGCUUUGGCGCAUAUCCUGUCCGACACCAAGCCCAGUAUAUGGGCAGCAACCUCCAGAUCUCAACCGAUGGAGUCCCGCGGUCGAUCAGCUCCGCCACCCCCACCGAGUACGGCUCCGAUGGAGACAUCGCCCGCUUUUACUCCCAGUGCGCGAGCCCGGAUCUCCCAUCUGCGGCGUCGCUGCACGACACCCUACCACGGCCUCAGCGUCUCAAGUCCCUACCGUCGCUGGCAAGCCUGUUCCGCUCUGCAUCAAGCUUCAAGAGCAUGGACCUUACCGCCCGCUUCACCGCUCCUGGCGGCAGAACGGCCGUGACCUCGCGACGAAAACCACGGAUUUAA